GCCAAUGCGUACUUGUACAACUCGUCGAACAACCUGCUACAGUCCCAUUUUGAAUCAGAUUCGUCAUAACACUUGGCUUUACAACGAAAACACGUAUCGAUAACUAGGAGUCAUUCAAGCUUGGGGCAAACUUAUAGCCGAACAUUGGUGACAACCUCUUCAAGAGAAAAAAAAAUCAAGAUCUUGGACCGUAUAAAAGUACCGGGGCAAUCUUCACACCACUCAGUAUCAGAACCACCACCCAAAAUGUGGUUAUCAGCUAAAUAUUUGUUCAAGUUGUCUUUUGUUAUACUCUUAAUAUAUCUGGUCCACUUUGCAGACAAAAAGUUUUUACGGGUUAAAAGAGAUCUGAAGGUUGACUGUGACUGCACAAAAAGUAAUACUGUAACAGUCCCUCCGAAUCCUGGACAGGCACUUCCAAACUGUCGCAGCGAUCCCAAAGAUGACCCUCUUGUCAAUCCUUUAUCAAAGUUUUAUUCUGUAUGGUACGACCCACCUACUGAAAAGACAUUAGCCAAACGGGAACAUGUUAAGAUUGUCUUUUGGACAGAGCUUUGGGACAACCGUUUGAGCAAAAUGCUACCGAGAGGGAGACGGGCAAUGUGUCCAAGUAGGCCGAAUUGCAUGUUUUCCAAAUACCGAGAGGAAAUUGGUGAGGCCGAUGCUGUCUUCUUCGGAGUGAGCAACUUGUCUAAGGACUAUAACUCCUCUGCGAUGCCUACAGUUCGCUAUCCUCACCAGCAUUGGGUCUGGUUCCACACCGAGUGUCCAAAUUACCGGUCUAUAAACUUUGAAACAUACAGGAGUGUGUUUAACUGGACCAUCAGCUACAGGGCUGAUUCAGACUCCUCAGGGAUAUGGGGAUCGUUGUAUAAGACCUACCAGAGAGUCAAAGACGAAGGAGUCGAUCCCAACAAGGACUACACAGCAGGGAAGAAGAAACUGGCGGUCUGGUUCAUCAGUAAGUGCAACACUCAAGCCAACCGCAUCGCUUAUGCUACCGAACUCGUCAAACACAUGCACAUCGAUGUCUAUGGCAGAUGUGGAACAAACGACGUCUGUGCGAAAUGGCACGUCAAAUGCAUGCCUAAAGUCAUCAGGCAGUACAAGUUCUAUAUCGCCUUUGAGAACAUGAAGUGUAAAGAGUACCUUACAGAGAAGUUCUGGAGGAAUGGCCUGGCAAACGACGUUGUUCCAGUUGUUCUGGGAGCCAACAGAUCUGACUACGAGAGACUAGCACCACCUCACUCCUACAUUCACGUGGACGACUUCAAGUCACCCAAGGAACUAGCAGAUUACUUAAAGAUGCUUGCUGACGAUAAAGAUAGAUACAACGCCUACUUUAAGUGGAAGACUAUUCCUCCUCCUAAGAACAUGCCCUUGGAUGAAGGUGUAUGGUGCAAUCUGUGUAGAGAGCUUCUUGAGAGGUGCCCAACUAAAAGGAAAGUUUACACAGACUUGAGAACGUGGUUUGAAGGCGAGAAUCUUUCAAUGUGUGAUCCCGCAGAAAAUGUGAAAUAUCAAGAACUUCGGUUUGUUGACAACCACUUUAAAAUUACUACAUAUACAGACUAAUAUGUAUACACACUAUUAGUGUAACACACCUUUUCCCUAUGCAUUACUUACUAGCCAAAAGGUUAAUUCAUAUAGAAUUUAUUCCAAAGUGAGAUCAUACCAUGCUUGGUGCUAGGCCUGUAAUAUAUAGAUUGGUAUAUAAUUAUUGGUAAAUAAUUUAAUUAUAAUUACAUACAUGUAGGUUGGUAUAAUACGCAAACAUACCGGUUAAAUUUACUGACAUGUUUGUUCUGACAUUAACGUUAUGGCGACUUUUCUAUGGACAUUUCUUUUAAUACAUUCACAUAUUUUUCUAUUGGGCGAAAAGCACAAGUUGCUUAUAUAACACCUUC